CUGACCUGUAUGUAGCAGCGCGGAUCGGAUGUCAUAUAUUAUUAUUGUUUGUUGCCCCCGCCCCCCUGUGGGCAGAACUGCCCCACCACUUACAGCUGCUGCUGCUGUCAUCUAGCGAAAGGAGAAGAACGAGCUCGUUCGCAACGACUACAACAGCAGCCUACAGCAGCAGAAGUAGUAGCACACUACAAAUCAUGGCGGAACCCCAGGCCGAAGGACACAAGGCAGAGGGGGAGGUCGAUGUGGAGGGAUACAAGGCAGAGAUUCGGAGGACGUUCGCCCUCGUCGAGCCGAUAUCUGUCCAAGCCGCCGGGAUUUUCUACCCAACGCUUUGGGAGGUGGACACGUCGACGAAGCCUCUGUUCAAGGACACCGACAUGGACAAGCAGGGCGAGAAGCUCAUGAAGACCCUGGGCGUGGCCGUGGCGAUGCUUAACAAGAUGGACACCCUUAAACCGAUCCUGGAAAACCUGGGGCGUAAGCAUGUGGACUACGGGGUGACCCCGGAGAUGUACCCGUCCGUGGGCAAGGCCCUCCUCAUCACCUUCGAAAAGGGGCUGGGGGAGGAGUGCACCCCGCUUACAACCAAGGCCUGGACUUGGGUGUUCGGCAUCAUCUCGAGCAUAUGCAUCGCCGCCGCGAGCGAGGUAAAGCCCGAGGAAAAGCCCGAGGAAAAGUGAGCUAGCCACUCCGGCGGGCUACGAGCGAGCAAGAUCAUCAACGGAUACCACAUACGAAAGUCCACUCACCCCUCACUCGCAUCCAUACAUUGCGUGACUUGAGGAGGGAGGAUUUCCGAUUGUUGCCGUAUUCUGGUUCUCUCGUUUCUUCUUCUCUGGUUUCCGGGGGAUAACGUCCUACCCAAACCUUACCUAAUGAUAGUAGUAACGUUGAGUUUGUUAUGUGGGUUGGAAUUGGUUCCGCCGCCACCUUGGCUGGGUCGUUUGUGUAGAUUGCGCCUGUGCAGACAUGGAAGGAGCGAUGUGAUUGAAUUUGGGGGGGGGUUCUUGGCGAGAGAUUUUCGCGGUGCUGUGAUUUGAUGGAGUUUUGUCGCCGUCCAUCCUCGAACAACAAACAGCAGAGAGGGUUGGUAACAUUUGUGCCGUUUAUUUUUUCUCAACCAAAAAAUCACAAAAUCACAUUAGGGCUGUAUCCACAGACAAGAGUCCAGGAGUAAUAACUCAAGUAGUGUUGCACAUGAUACCAGGAUUUGGAUAUACAUAUGCAUGUCCUACAGCAGUUCAAUGUAGUUAGGCAGCAGGUAGGUCUUUCUUGUUGUUCGAGAAAUCUUCCGAAAGCCCAGGACCCACGGGUUGUAGUCUAGCCAAUAUUGAGUCUCCACGACGAGACAGGGUCCGCGGAGAUUUCUGUGUGUAGUCAAGCUUGGUGUAGUGUAUAUUUCAGUUGGAAUUAUUAGUGGUUGAGAUAGCUCGGGCAGGGGGUGCCCCAUGUUGUCGGUGGUCACCACCCAACCAAGGGAGAAGGGGUUAACGAAGCAAGAACAUUUACCUUCGACACCACGUACAAUACAGCAGCAGCAGUGGCCUGGGUGCGUCCCGCACUGGCCACCAUCAUCACGGUUGGGCCGCCGUCGGAAGAGGAAGGGAACAAGACUAGUAGAGGUCAACUACGCAGCAGUAGUUCGUGAGUUGUUGUCCAGCCGGUCGAGCAUGCGCCUUGAUCGUCUCACCGCUGUGUAGGGCUGGAGGCCGUCGUUCGUGGACACGCCGACGACAGAGUUUCGCAUAAAACCCUACGCGCCCACCAUGUGUAGGCUAGACUACAUUCAAAUAGUGGGCUUUAUAUACCUUUCUUGCAUUCCCCUUUUUACAUACCACGCAAAUACAAAAAGUCGGCAUUUUCAGGGUGGUCGCAAAAUCCGGACGUGUUUAUCACGCAAGUCUCUCCUCGUGAUGGCAGCCGUACGCUGCAUUGGACCCAGGGUCUCGAGUCACAAGGGACCAAUGUCGUCAUUGGGCACAUGCAGUAGAAGCGAAAGCAUACAGAGUACCGCAGUAGUGGGAACAAGCUCCACUGCUAUAUUUACCCCUUGGAAAUACAUUAUAUAUUGCUCACUCACACCGCUUGUGCAAGAACACUGUACGUACUCUACAUACCAGGUAAAUCAUGGAUAGCCGCAACCCUCGGGACUGCCAAAAAAAAACAAAGGCCCCACUGUUGCGACAUAGACUGUGCCUGCGGAGAGACAAACCUGGCGCAUGGCGCCGCCUCUGUCACACUUGUACAGCAAGGCAGGUCAGGUCGCUGUUGCGCUUCCCGCCACCAAAACCACGGCCCAUGCCGGGGCGGCCGAUCGAUCCGUCGUGCAACAAGGAA